AUGGCCUCGUCAUUUACAACAGGUUUUGUCAUUCCACGGUACGCCAUCCAGACACUGGGAAAGCGACCGUCAGACAUUGUUCUUCGCGGUGACUCGGCGGGCGCUCAUCUUGCACUUGCGCCACUGUCACAUCUUGCUCAUCCGCAUCCUCAGGUGGUCGUGCCAAAUUUUCAGUGGAUGAACCACUGGGAGAAAUGA